AUGGCAGCUAAUACCAGGCCUCUUCAUUACCACAUUCCAUUAUUCCCUGGAUUCCAGCUGCUGGACGUAGCAGGUCCGCUGGACAUUCUCAACAUCCGCACAACCUACACAGACACCGCAGACAUCUCCUUGACUGUAUCAGCCGAAACAUUAGACCCAGUCUCGGUGAAACCAGUGCCACCCCCUGGCGCCAACUGGCAUUUUGAUCUCUCUAAGCCCGACCUGCAGGCCUGUAAUCAACAUAUGGUGCCACAUCACACCUUUGCAGAAGUGGUCUCUGCCCUGAAGGAGAAUGUCACCAACUCUGACAUCAAGCCUAUCGAUGUGCUGAUUAUCCCAGGAGGCCUGGGGACGCGACUUGACCGAAUAUACGGCAAGUCUGACAAAGCCUCCAAUACACAGCAAGUUCGGGACUUUAUCACCGCUGUCGCGCCCUAUGUUCGUCAUAGUGUUAUCACUAUUUGUACCGGGAGCCACAUUCUCGCACAGACUGGGCUACUAGACAACCGUCGAGCAACCACAAACUCUGCUCGAUUUGACGAUGUGGUUGAACAGACGCCCCAGGUAGAAUGGCAGCGCGAUAAACGAUGGGUUCGAGAUACGGUGCCGAUGGAUGCAUCAAUCAAUGCCUUGCAUCCUGGAACUGAGAUUUGGACCUCCGCCGGAAUCACUGCUGGUAUCGAUGUCAUGUUGGAAUUCAUUUCUGCUCAUUAUGGUGGUGUAGAGAUUGGGAAACAGACUUCUCGACGAAUGGAAUACCGCUGGGAGCGAGAGCGAGCGGCUUCUUACUUCCUGUGA